ACGCCAAUAAGGGGAGGGUUGCGGGAGGAGGAGCCUGGCGUGCGGGGAAGGCGGCGGAAAGUGAGCCGAUGCGCAGGCGCAGUGGUCGCAGGACGGACAGUGUGUUUCCAAAAUGGCGGCAGCGAUGGAUGUGGAUACCCCCAGCGGCACAAACAGCGGCGCCGGCAAGAAGCGCUUUGAAGUUAAAAAGUGGAAUGCAGUAGCCCUCUGGGCCUGGGAUAUUGUGGUUGAUAACUGUGCCAUCUGCAGGAACCACAUUAUGGAUCUUUGUAUCGAAUGUCAGGCCAACCAGGCGUCAGCUACUUCGGAAGAAUGCACGGUUGCAUGGGGAGUCUGUAACCAUGCUUUUCAUUUCCACUGCAUCUCUCGAUGGCUCAAAACGAGGCAGGUGUGUCCAUUGGACAACAGAGAGUGGGAAUUCCAAAAGUAUGGGCAUUAGGAAAGACUCUCCUGUAAAGCGUACCCAUUUGUUACUCAUUUAGUGACUUCCUGUUAAUUAUAAAUUAGAGAGAACCACGAUUCUUUUUCUUUCCUUUGUCACUGGAGUUUGGUGUUCCCGCAGCCAUAUUGUAUUUUGUGUCAAAUAAAGCCUUUAAGUUGGAGAUGAUUGCUGUUUUAUGUAUGUGGAGAAUGAUCUGAGAAGGAACCUCAUCAGAGCCAGAAAGCCAGCCUGAAAAGGUGCACUGUUCUGGAUGAGAACACACUAUCCUGUGGGUUCAUCUUCACAAGGUCUCGAGGAUCCUGUUAAAAUCUGGAAGUGUGGGUCACUAGCACCUGGAAACGCCUCGGGCUCUAUCUUCUUUCUGAGAUAGCAGCAGGCAGCAGUGAGGAAGGACAUGGCAGCCGUGGACCAGCCAGGUCUGCCCUGGGCUUUCAUCUCAUGAGGGAGUCUGUGAAUGAGUGCAUGGUAUCAAGUGGGCACAGAACGGCUUUGUGAACUCUUAACACUACAGGGUUAGUACUGAUUGUGAAUGACAUGCGGCCAUCUCUAGAACAAAACUUGACCAAAAAAAAAAAAAGUACUGUGUAAUCCUGGCUGGUAAUAGAGUGAUCUUAAAGUCAACUUGAAAACUUAUGUUUGAACAGUUUGAGUAUAUGCCUGUAAUCCCAAGUACUUGGGAAUUAGAUAGGAUCCUUUGAGUCUAGGAGACCUUGUUUCUAAAACAGAAAUUGUACUUUGGGGUCUAGGGGGUGCUGUAGCUCAGCUGUAAGGCCCUGUGUUCAAUUGCUGGUAUAAAUUUAAAAAAAAAAAAAAGGUUGAAAUUGAAUGAACAAGAGCUCAAGUUUCCUUUAAACAUGCCGACCAGGGAAGGAGUGGCCACCCUGAUGCUGAUUCAGUGGCUGUACUCCUUCACUGAAACACCAUUUCUGUUGCUGUGGUUUUCAUGUAGUUAGCAGAUCCUACAAAGGUCCUGAAAUCUGGUGCCACUCCAGGUGAAAGCAAUGGCCAGAUAGAGCAGGCCUGAGCCUCCACUGUCUUCUGUUGUCCAGCAGAAAAAGAUUGCAAAAAUGUGAAACAAUGCUGUUGUCAUUCUUGUUUUCAAAGUUAAUUUUAAUAAAAAUAUUUAUGUUAAUGGG